AAGUGUUCCUCUCCUCAGAGGGAUCACACCCGUGGUGUUCGUUCCAUAAACCCGGUCAUGACUCUGGUCGCACGUUCGCAAAUCCGGGCUUUUUUCCUCACAUAACGUUUAUGAUACCAUGUAGUGAUAAAAUGGCAACGUCCAGUGACGGUAAAUCGUUGGUAAAUGCGAUGGGACUGAGAAAACGAUUCAAAUGGUGGAAAUAUUACGUGCACUUGGACUACCUAAAACAAAUUCGAUACGUUUCCAGUACCUGAGAUUCGAAAUUUUUGUUUUAAUUUCGCGUGUUUUUGGUUUUUUUUCACGUUUUGGUUGGUUGUUUUUCGACCGGUAACGCACAAUGUUAGACGUAUCGUUUCAUUUGUGAUAUUUACGACGUAGACGAUUCGCCAUCUAAAUCAUGGUGGAUUUAGGAGGCUAUGUGAUCAUUCUGGCCGAAACCAAGGACAAGAAAAUUAAACUCUAUGGUUCACCUGCAGAUAACGAUAACUUGGAAGUGGGAGAUGAGAUUUUGGAAGUGAACGGAAAAACGCUAGAAGACGCUUGCCACGCUGAAGUCAUCAGUCACAUACACCAGUGCAUCCGAUCGCGCACAAUAUGCCUCCGUGUGAAGCGUCGCAGCGGCGCCCGUCUGGCGGUCGAUUUAGACUUGUGUGCAGGCAACGUUCAAGAUGCCUUCGUCAUCGCCGUGGAGCAGCAGGCCCAAGAACGCCUGGAGCGGCUCACAGCGCUCAAGCGCGUCAAGCCCGUCGACAUGACCAAACUGUCGCAACAGUUGAACCAACAGACCACAUCGAGCGAAGAACUGAACGGCUUCAUCAACAACACGCCCAUCUACGUAACGUCUUUAACAGCCACCGAAAAUAUAAACAACAACCCCACCGCAAGCAGCAAUUCGCAAAGCGGCGGCGGCGGCGGCGGCAACGUCCUCUCCAACACCAUCUCGGUGGUGGCCACCAAGGAAGUGGCCCCCAAGUCAUCGCUGCCCAACGGCCACGACAUCGUGGCCAACGAUGUGCGGGUCGAAGUGAAGGACGCCCCCAGUCCGGGCCUGGAAGUGCCCCAUUUGGGCGACCGCAGGGCCUCUUCGCCCUUUCAGAAUGGACGCACGGAGCUGCUGAUCGGCGCCGAAGACAAUAAGUUCAAGACCACGGCCAUCGUCGAGAGCAAUAACAACAAGUUGGGAGUCGACGCCGAGAGCAGGCCACGGCGACGCUCCGGCUCGAGCAUCGUUGUCCUGGACGGUGACUUGGACCCGGUGAAAAAGCCCCCGGACGAGCUCGACGACAACCUGGACUACAACAUGGUGAUGAUGCUGUCCGGCGACACCGGCCCCCAUCGCGAGAUGGCCGUGGACGUGCCCGACACGUUCAUCGCGCGGAACAAAACGCCCCCACGUUACCCUCCUCCGAAGCCCAUCCUGCAGGUAGGCCACUUCGAGGAGCGUGCCGUUGACGUGAACCAAGAGCGCGCCAUCGACGUUCCCGAUAACUUCAUCGAGCGCGAAAAGGCACCUCCGAAGUUUCCGGCGAAGGGGGUUUUGUUGCAGAGUGGGGUCAACGGGACGGCUGCCAAGCCGGUGCCGCCUCCAAGGGAUCAUCUCAAGCUGGAGAAGGACGGGAGGAUUGUGAAUAGGGCGCCGGCACCGCAGCUUCCUGCUACUCCGGCUCCGGCAACACCGGCUCAGGCUGAGCCUACGAGGGAGCAGCUGGAUAGUAUUAAGAAAUAUCAGGAGCAGAUCCGCAAAAGGAAAGAGGAGGAAGAUCGGAUCGCUGCUCAGAAUGAUUUUCUUAAAAGGUCGCUCAGGGGCUCGAGGAAACUCCAAGCGUUGGAGAGUCGGCCGCAGGGGAGUGUCAACGACGGCUUCGCCGUCGACGAGGCUCAGGACUCCUCCAGGUCCACGACGCCGACGCUCGAAAAGGAAGUGGUGCAUACGGUUUACGGCUAUGGGGACCUGGUGGCGUCCGUGCAGCGCCUCCAGCUGCAGCUGAAGAAGGCCGGCGCCGGGGGCGGUUUGGGGGGCCUGGAGGGCCGCGUGGCCGCCGUCCAGUCCCUCCUCCUGUCGCCUCAAUUCGGUCGUGCUUUGGCCGUUCACAAUAAAGUCCAAACAGUGCGUUCACGAACCACUCCACGACCGGCUCCCAUUGCUCAGACUGCCCUUAGAGACUGUUUAGAUGCCUUAGGGAACUCGCAAAGUGCUUAUGCCGUGGAAUUGGCCAGCCUUCUCACAGGGUACGAACUGGAAGCCCUCAUGGUGGCCCACGACGGUGUGGCGUCCACUUUACCCCCAGACUCAACCUCACCGGGGGCUCCACCCGUCGAACCUCCGCCAGCUCUUCCCGAACGCUUCCACGAGGAAAACAUCAAAAUUAUUAAAAUUGAGAAGAGUACGGAACCGCUGGGGGCGACGGUGCGCAACGAGGGGGAUGCUGUGGUCAUCGGGAGGGUGGUGAGGGGAGGGGCGGCCGACAAAAGCGGACUGCUUCAUGAAGGCGACGAGAUUUUGGAGGUCAAUGGUAUUGAGAUGCGCGGCAAGAGCGUGAACGCCGUUUGUGAUAUCCUCCAAGGGAUGGAGGGAACUUUGACUUUCCUAAUAGUCCCAGCGUCACAAGCGAGGUCGCAUUCCGGGAGGGAUUCGGUCCUCCACGUGCGAGCUCACUUCGAUUACGACCCGGAGGAGGACAUGUACAUCCCGUGUCGGGAGUUGGGGAUCAGUUUCCAGAAAGGAGACGUCCUCCACGUUAUAAGUCAAGAUGACCCCAACUGGUGGCAAGCGUAUAGAGAGGGCGAGGAGGACCAGACUUUGGCCGGGUUGGUGCCUUCGCAGUCGUUCCAACACUACAGGGAGAGUAUGAGACUGGCGGCUGAAGAACGAAUGGCCAGACCUCAGAGGAAGUCGUCCACGUUAUUAUGCGGCAAAACGGCGAAACGGAAGAAGAAAAAAGGGGCUUAUGCCGAAGGGGGUUAUCCGAUCUAUGCCAAUGCUGUGGAUGAACACGACCCGGAGGAAAUUCUCACUUAUGAGGAAGUUUCCUUGUAUUAUCCGCGAGCGAAUAACAAGCGACCGAUUGUUUUAAUUGGGCCACCGAACAUUGGGAGGCAUGAGCUGAGGCAGAGGCUUAUGGAGGACUCGGAGCGCUUUGCAGCUGCCAUUCCACACACUUCCCGCGCCCGUAAAGAGAACGAAGUCGACGGCCAAGACUACCAUUUUAUAACACGCGCUCAAUUCGAAGCCGAUAUUUUAUCACGAAAGUUUGUGGAGCAUGGAGAGUACGAGAAAGCCUACUAUGGGACCUCUCUUGACGCGAUUCGAUCAGUUGUCAACUCUGGGAAAAUAUGUGUCUUAAACCUACAUCCUCAAAGCUUGAAAAUACUUAGAACGUCCGACUUGAAACCGUACGUGGUGUUUGUGGCCCCUCCCAGCCUGGAAAAGCUGCGACAGAAGAAAAUUCGGAACGGAGAAGCGUACAAGGAAGAGGAGCUGAAGGAUAUAAUCGAAAAGGCGCGCGAGAUGGAGGACAAAUACGGCCACUUUUUCGACAUGAUAAUAAUAAAUAACGACACGGAACGGGCCUACCACCAGUUGCUGAGCGAGAUAAACAGCCUGGAGAGGGAGCCACAGUGGGUGCCAGCAGCUUGGGUCAAAGCACUUUAGGAAAAAAUUGGCCAGAGCUUGAGGUUUGUUUAAAUUCGACUGAAUUAAUCAAUUGCGAGGUUGUGAACGAUUGAAGAAGGUGCUAGUCCUUAAUAAAUUGAAAUUUAUAAAGGGGCGCGUUUGCGUCCGAUUAUCGUCUUUCCCCUUUUUAAGACUUAGACAUCACGAUUGUGCUGUGAUCCAAUGCUGCAAAAUUUAAACGGUGUUUCUCGACAGAGACGGCAAUAAUGACUGUAAAUAAAUAAAUAAAAAACACUGGAAAAUAUACAAAAAAAUAGGACCGUUUAAAAUCGUGUUUUAAUUGUUUAUAGCUAUGUACUUAGCAAAUCGAGUGUAUUGUAAAUAAGAGUUAUACAUAUUUGUCUUAGAUUAUUCGACUUGAAUCGCUCAGAGAUUUUAAUUGGUGUUAGUUAAAAAAAUAAAACAUUUUUCGAGUCUAUUCAAAAACACAUGAGGGAAAAAGCGUUUUUCCAUUUUACGGUAAUGUUUUUCUUUAACUUUGUAGGUUUAGUAUCAUAACGAUGUGAUUAUGUGUACUUAAUUUUAUUUACCUAAUAUUUUAUAUAAAUUUUAAAGAUAGUCAGUAGGUGCAAUUUUCUUCUUUGCCCCCGUUUUCCUUAAAGUGACCCAAAACCCAGCUAAGGAUUCUCCUAUUAUAUGUAAUUAUAGAUCUGAAGUCAUUUAUUUAUUUUGUUAUUGUUUAAUUGUAAAUAAGAAAUAUCAACUGUAUAUAAAAUCAGACCCUAUGGUGUCUGUAGAAAUGUCGUGUAUAUUAAAAUACUUAUCGUUAGAAACGUGACUUCGGGGUUCCUUUUAUUAUUAAAUAUUUUAUUAUGCAUAAAUCAUUGUUUUAGAAUUGCAGAAAUAAACAUUUCUCACUAUU